UCGUGUGUGCUGAGUGUGAACAAUGAUUCUGACUGGGUGCAAAAAAAUUUUGGACAGUUCAGUACAUUCGCCUUCUUUACUGACUUCAUCACCUUCAAUAAAGACUUUAAUGGGGUUGAAGCGGCAGCGGUUCUGACUGUGUCUCAGCUGGUUGAGUUGUGCUCUUCCCCCUCACAGCUUCACGGAGCACUGGACGUUUAAACUGUGAUGAGUGCUGUUAAACCGCAGCAGCUGUCAAACUUUUUUGAUGUUCUUUCUCUAAACAUCCAAAAGAAUGAGCGGAACUACUCUGAGGAGGUGAAACAAGCGUUUCUUCAGGUUGUGUUAGACAGAGCUGGCCUGUCCUCCCCAUCUCUCAAUGAUUCAGAGGUGUUGAUAUGGCUGACAGUUCGACUGAGACCAUUGCUCUCCGUUCUGACCUCAGCAAACGUUAACGUGUACUUUGACAUCAUCAGAAGUCGAAGCUGCAGCUGUAUUCAGGAGGCAGUGAAGGUUCUGGAUACCCAGAGAUCAAAUCUGAAUGAAGACAUACAGCGUCAGAUAUAUGACAACAUCCAACAGUCACUCAAAGAUGCACCGCCUCUACGCUGUUACGUCGACGGGAGUUUCUACAUCUUCCUCAAGAAUUCCUUCCUUCACUUUGGAUUUCCAGACGUGAAUGGCAUCAUUUCCCUCAUCCCUGUGGAAAGACGGUCUCAGGUGUUAAGUUCUGUCUCCACGGUGGAGCUGAGGGAGUUUCUGAACUCAACCCAAACUCUCAGCAAUGGAUCUGGACUCUGUGAUCUGCUCCAGCAGUACAACCAGACCACACUUUACAUGGAGACGGAGCCGGUGGAGUCAGAGGUUUUGGCCCGGCAGGUGUUGUCCUGCGUGUGGCCUCAGGUUCUGAGGGUGGAGAACCGUUCUGAGGUGGAUCAGUGGUUUGAUCAGCGACUUUUCCGCUAUCUGCCCUUCCUCACUGCGCAGCUCAUCGUCCCGGCACAGCUCAGUGGCGCCACCUGUCUGUCCUACACAAAACUUGUUUUUGUUCUAGGAAACAACUUCAAUUUCACCAGCACAGAUAUCUUCCCUGCUGACGUUUACAGCUCGAUAAAGAACUAUUUGACAAACGGCGGCUCUCCGCGGUGCUUCGACCCCUCAGAUCCUCAUCUGAACUCCACAGACUGGUUUGUCCGCUCCAUCGGCAUCUUCAUCAGCUAUCUCACCCUCACUGACCUCAAGUCCUUUGUGUCGACUGACCAGAUCGGCAUGUUCUUAGAAAACCAGGAGAACCUUCAGCUGUUCAACAGGACGGCAGAGAUCAAACAGGACAUCAUAGAGUACUACACCACCCAACUGUACACAAGGAACCCAUACUUCAAUCCCAUCAAGCUGCCCAGUCGCUUCUUGUGUAGUGUCCCUUCAAUCGCCUUUGAGAAUCUAGGAGAGAGAGACUCUAUGGCGCUCAUACUGAGCAUCAACAUGGUCUGCAAUGGAACUGAAGAUCUGGAGAUCACAGCGGCUCUCACCGCCAAUCUCCCGUCCAUCACAUCGGCCUCUAUCCAGUUGCUCGGCAGUCAGAGUGUCGGCCUGAGUGAGGCUCAGAUCAUCUCCGCCCCUCCUCAAGCCAUCAAAUCCGCGCUGCCGACUCUAAGCAACAUCACCAGCUGGAAUCAGGGUCAAGCUAAUGCCAUCGUGCAAACUCUCACAGAGUCAGGAUUUUCAAUCAGCUCGGGUUCCUCGCUGCUGUCUCUCGGGACGCUGGUCAAAGGCGUUCAGUCGAACGUCAUCUCCAGCAUUUCAUCGGCGGAGCUUCUGACCAUAUCAACCAACCCCACGUUCAUCACCAACAUCAUUUCGGCGCCGUCCAUCGUGCAGCAUGUUUACGUCAUGAAGCUCGUGUCCAUCGAUGAAAAUAAAGUUAUUGAGAAUGUUCCGGACAUGUUGGCCAGCUCGAUCCCCAGAGUGUUGCUAGUGUCUCAAAGUUCGGUGAACGUCACGCUCAUCAACCAGAAGCACUGGACACACGAUCAGGCGGUGAUGCUGUUUCGUUCUGUGGCUGAAGUCAGUGACAAUACCGAGGAGCUGUCGGAGACUCUGCUGCAGGGUUUCACCUGCACUUCAGCACAGACCAUGAGCGAGCAGAAGGUGAAGGAGCUGGUGAAAGCGUGCAGACAUCGACCUGGACGUCAGAAGAUUCAGCUGAAAGAGAGUCAGUUGACGUGCAUGUAUAAUUACGUGAAAAAUGACGUCUCGCUGAGCUUCACAGAUCUUCCGCCGGACAUGCUGCUGUACUAUGGCUAUGAGAAGGUGGAGAGGACAAACUGCAGGUCAUAUUUUAGCGCUAUGGGCAAGGCGGAUUUCACUAUUCCCUCGAGCAUCCUCAACAAAAAGACAACUCUGUUCAACAACGCACGCAAUUGUCUGGAUAUAUCAGGUCAGAGUCUGAGCAGAGAGCAUGUGGAGGUUCUGGGUAACCUGACGUGCACACUGGAGCCCGAGUACAUCCAGAACUCUGAUCCAAUCAUCAUCGAGAGUUUGAAAACCUGCAGCGAUCUGUCAGACGCUCAGAUCGGUGCUGCAGAAACACUGCUGCUCUCUGGAAACACACCAUACGGACAUUCAUCUUCGUGGGAUGAGCAGACGCUGGAUCGUCUGGAAGUUCUGCCUCUGUACUUCACCGAUUCAUUCUGGAAGUGUUUCAGUGUGUCUGUGAAGAGGAGACAUCUGAAGGUCUUCAUGCCGGCGCUGAAGGACAGAAACACUGAGAAAGACAAACUGAAGAAACUCUUCAAAAACUGUAAUGCUGAGUUAGACACUCAAAGCAGAAUGAUACGUUCUGCAGGCUGCACUUUGGGUAACGUCACUGAAGCCGUCAUUGCCGACGCCUCCUUCCCAUUCGGCUACACCGCCGCUCAGUUUGACGCGUGUCUCGACUUCAAAAUCCUCAAAAGUAACCUGGCCGCCGUCACCGACAAAGUUGAUGACAGCGAUUUCCAAAGAAUCAUCCUGAACAAACUCAAUCAGGCGUACCCUGAGGGUCUGGACGACAGCGUGCUGACGGUUCUAGCGGCUGUUUCCCGUCAGGCCACGCUGGAUGAAAUCAGAUCGUGGAACAUCACCAUAAUCGACACCCUGACAGCUCUGAUGGACCGAAGAUAUGGAGAAUGGGACAGAGAGAAGAGUAAAGAGGUGAUAUUGAGAUAUCUGAGUGUGGACAGUCAUACAUUAGGCACCAAUGAACUGAACGCCAUUCUGUCAAACCUGUGCACACUGGACGCGUCCACACUUCAGAACAUUACUGCAGACAGCCUGAGGAACGGCAAUGUCCCGGAUCUUUCCUCGUGUACCUUUGAGCAGAAAUCAGUCCUGUACACCACAGCAAGAUCUGCCUUCAGCGCUAAACGUGACAACCAGCCUGCUUACUCGCACCUCAUCAGCCCUUUCCUGGGUGGAGCUUCUGCUGAGGACAUUAAAGCUCUGGCCUCUGAAAACAUCACCGUUGACAUCACCACCUUCAGAAGCCUUUCCAUAGCCGUCGUCAAGAGUCUGAAUGUGGCUGAUGCGCGAGCUCUGAUGGGCGUGGCUGUAGCAGAUCUGAAGCUGUUUGAAAACGACACCGUGGUUCGGGCGUGGAUCACCUCACAGCUUCAGUCUCAGUUAGAUGUGCUGAAUCUGAACCUGCAGGGCGGCCGGGCCGACUCGCUCACACCCAAACCCGUCAGCUUCAAACCCACCAACAGCCAACCCGACGGCAUCACGCAGUCCACGAGUCAAUCAUCUUCAAGCACGACACACGGUUCUGCCUCAACGCUGCAGGUCACUUCAGGAGUUUGGUUCAUCGCAUCCUGCGUCUGGCUUCUGAAUUCAUGUGAUACAUAAUCAAUAUCACAAAUCCAUCAGAUCAAUGUCAGAAAUUCAGAUCUGAAACUAAUCGUGUCAUUAUCAAUCACUACUAGCAUCAAUGUCAGACAAUGUUACUAAUCAAACAUCUGAACAGCAAUAAUCUAUGAAAAUAAAAAAGAGAUUAGUUUUAGAAAUCGCAAAUAUCCAAUUAUAAUGAAGCUGAUGUCAGUGAUUUUCUUUAUCAUCAGCUCAGAAUGAAGUCUUAUUUAUGGGUGGUAAUGUUAAACUGAAUUCAUUUAAGAAUUAAAGAUAAGAAUCGUCCAAUUGUUUACAGUUGUUUGAAAAUGUUUAAGUAAAUCACACUUGUUAGAUUAAUAAAUUAUUUCUGUAUUCACUGUCACUGUUAUUUUUUGUCUCUAGUAAUUUAAAUCAAUUAAAGUAAUAAGCAGCUAU